AUGAGCAAACAAAGCAAUCUUUCUGAAGAUUAUGUUGAUCUUUAUUAGGCUUAUAAAGUAAUGUAAAAGACUUGCGUAUAUAAAUGUUUAGAAGAUGUUUCUAAACCUAUUCUUAAUGUCGCUGAAUAAAGUUGUAUGCAUAGAUGUAUAGUUAAAUAUAGACAUGCAUUAGGAGUUGGAACUAAAAUGUUCUUAUAAUUUGAAAAUGAAAUAAAAAAGGCUAAUGAUCUAUCUAAAACUUAUCCUAUAGCCUAAAAUCCUCUUUAGUUGUGA